AAAGGCUAAGAAAUCUGACGGAGUUAACCGGCAACUUGCAAAUACCAAACCUGGUUAAAUAUUAGUAGAGUUUCCUGGUAGUUUCCAAUUGGCAUGUUCUCAGUCCACAAGAAAAGCUGGCAUGUUCUCAGUCCACAAAACAAUAAACUUGAGAAGAUCUGGCGUGCUGUAAAAUAACUGAGAAAGAUUACCAGCUGUUUCUUUCCAGAUCAUAUUUGUUUGAUCCUACUUUAAUCUUCAAGUACUGGUUCCAUCAGUCGUUAGUUAUGCUUGUCCACCAAAGCAUUGAGGAAGAUGUGUUUGAGCCACUGGUGUCGCGUGUUGCUGAAAUUAGACGCCGCUUCUUUGGGAUAGUGAGCUCAUCUGAAGAUGACGGAAGGGGUCCUACAAUGCAUGAACUUCCAGAAAAGAUCAGAUGGGAAGUGCAACAUCUUGAAGAAUUGUUUGAGGGGAUCAAGGAAGACAAGGAGGGGGUCUAUGAGAGCAUUACGUCUGUUAGCAUGGCAGUCUCUAAGUGGCAAAGAAGAUUGGGAAUAGUAUACCGGAAUGCAUCUGGAGCUCCUGCACCUUUUGAGGGAAUGAAAUGGGCAGUGGAGCAUCAUGAGGGGUGGGUUGAGGAUGGUACCACAUCAGAAGCCAAUACUGGGACGCUGUCUUUUGAUGAACAUGAGUUUUUUGAAUCACUUCGAUACCUUAAGACUGCAGAAGGUGGUUCAGAAGCUCGUUUCCUGGAUGGUAUCAAGACUGGAAUGCAGUGUAUCAACGAUGUUCUUGCCACCGUACAAUCAAGAACGGAAGCAGCCAAUGGGAGCUUGCGUAUUGUAGACCAUGUCUUCUCCCCAGUACUGAAACUUAUAAAAACCAUUGAUCAUCUAGUAUCAGUAGCUACAGAGGGCGGAGACAAAUCUCAGAACUAUAAGUUCCUUACCAAGAUUGAUGGUCAAGUAAACUGCUUGCAGGAUGCACUACAUGUGAUUGAUAUAAAUAAGAGAGAGGUUGAGGAAAGCUUUAGAACAAUGGAAGGUCUCAUCUGGCCACUAUUGUCACGCCUUAAUGCCACUUGCAAUGUUCAAUUGGAACCUCCGAGCUUCCAAGGUGAGAUCGAAAAAGGCAUUAACCACUUGGUAGAUGUACUUGGCAUGAUUGAGAAAAAGAAGCAGGAUGGAAAUGCAAACUUCAGCAUUGUCAAUGCAGCCUUCUCGCCAUUAUUGACAUGUUUGAACACCAUCAGGCACCUCCCAUUAGAAGCCUUAGCCCAUGAAGAUAAAUCAGGUGCUUUUAUUCUCCUGGGCAAUAUCAGCGAUGAGUUGUCACAGCUCAAAGAUGUACUCCAGAAGGUCCAGGAGAAAGAGAAAGGGAUAUACAGUAACUUUGAUGCCAUUGAGCAACAUAUUGAUGAACUUUUUGAGGGGUCUAUGUUAGAUGCUGAAGGCUCGUUAAAACUUCAGCAGAUGGGUGGCCUGCGAGAAAAGUUCCGUGUGAUUCAUAAAGAGAUAACAAAUAUAUGGGUUAAGGUGAAUGACUCUUUCAAGGUUCAGGAUGUCUCCAUCAGAUCGAUGGCUGCAAGACAUGAAGCUUCAUCUUCUCGUCCAUUGAUGCCAGCAGCAGAUAAAUUCAACAUUAACAGGGAAAGUGUGCAGAUGUGGAAGCUGAAGGAUAGCAUUAAUGGACUGGAGACGAGGUUGAGACAGUGCCUUUUGUGCCUUGCUGUGUUCCCAGAGGAUGCAGUCAUCAAGAAGAGGCUGCUAAUUCAUUGGUGGAUUGGAGAAGGCUUUGUGAGUUCAGUUUCCGAGGGGAAGAAUGUUUUUAAUGAGCUGCUUAUCACCAAGGGAUUCAUUAAGCCAGUUAAGAAAUACCACUGCGACAAAGUCCACGGGUGCAAGGUGCAACCGUUGAUCCGUGCGCUACUGAUUGAAGCUGCAAAGAGCGCAGCAUUUGUUGAGCUCAAUUCUGACGGCAGCUCCAAGAAUGACUUCACCAGAACUCGGCGUGCAUGUUUGCAGGAUGGGAAGAUCCUUACCAGUUUCCAUCGCGAUGCGUUGACAAUUUACAAUAUUAAACAACAGUAUCUGGAGUUAGACAAGACAUGGUUUUCUGGAAAGACAUGUUUGAGCACUGUGCAGUUAGGACGAUGGCAGGAUUCAGAUUAUAACCCUCGGGCGCAUCACGUAGAGUUGAACAAUGCUGAAUUCCUAAAGCAGGUCAAGUCAUGCAAGCAAUUGAAGUACCUGAGCUUCAGAGGGAUAUCGAGAAUUGAGGCCCUUCCUACCUCGAUUGGAAAGCUCACAAGACUUGUCAUCCUUGAUCUCAAAGCAUGCCAUAAUCUGGAGGAUCUACCAAAGGAGAUAGUGAAACUAGUGAAGCUGGAGUACUUGGACGUUUCUGAAUGCUACUUGCUGUCAGGUAUGCCCAAGGGACUAAUCAAGCUUUCUCACCUUGAAGUUCUCAAGGGGUUUGUUCUGGCAAACACUAGGAGCAAAGACCCGUGCCAUCUCAAGGAACUUGUCAUGCUGAAAAAAUUACGGACGCUGAGCAUUAGAAUUGGAAACAGUGUAGAUAGUGGUCAGUUUGAGAAAAUUAACGAGUUUUGUGCCCUCCGGUCGCUCACACUUACUUGGGGGGCUGGGUUAUCCUCGGUACCUGCCAUACACAGUGACAAUCGUCUUUCAAGAUCAAGCAGUGCUGCUACUAUCGCUGUUAAUCAUGCGAUGCCUUGUGUUCUCCCCUCGGGUCUUGAGAAGCUGGAGAUCUGUUGCUUCCCACUAGCAGAAUUUCCUUGCUGGGUUAAUCCUGCAGAGCUGAAAAACCUGAAGAAACUCUAUAUCAGGGGAGGUAUCAUAAGUAGUCUAGGCGAGGACAAGUACUGGGAGGUGACCGUGCUUCGGUUAAGGUUCCUCAAGCAUCUCAACUAUUCAUGGACGGCACUGCGUGAUACUUUCAUGAAACUCCAUGUAUUGGAGGUGCAUGAAUGUGAAAAUCUUGAAACCUGGCCUGACUGUCAAAAGGGCUUGUGUCUGAAGGAGACGAAUGGAAUUAUGGAAGGUUCGCAUCUCGCUUAACAUGAAACGACACCUAACGGGCUGUUUGGAAUGGGUGUAAAUUUUUUGUGGCUGGAGGGAUUUAGCUCAAACUUGGAACUAAAUACCGAUGUGCGCAGAAAAUUACACCCAUUCCAAACGGGGCCUAAAUCUUGCAAGGCUUCAAUUUCUUGAUAAUUGCAACUGGUGAUAUUUCUUCAACCAUCUGGAAAGAACGCAGCGGGGUAGAGUAUUUGAGAAUAAGUUCAAUUCAUUUGAUCAUGUGUCAAAGCAAAUUAAGCGUGAUGCAUUCUAUUGGUUCAAGGAGAGGGCCAAGUACUUUCACUGAGGCCAGGAUAAUCCUUCUUUUCGAAAGAAAAAAAAAAUCUUUCAGUCGCUGUUUGUUUAAGGUUCGAGUUGCUGUUUGUUUAGGUGCGUGGGGUUUCCUUUCUUUUGGCGAUGUGGCCUUUUUAACUUUUAUAUCAGACCUUGCAUUGUUCUUCUCCUCUUCUAUUACUAGUAAAUUAGUACAUGUUUUGCACGUCAAGAAAUAUAUAAUAGCAGGAGGAAUACAUUCUUGACAUUUUAUUUCCUUC